AUGGAACCCCUUCGGAAGAAACCUCGUCAGUCUUUUGAUGUAGUGAGAUCAUCUGAUCUAUUGCAAUUCUUUAGUUAUUGUCCUGAUCAAGAGUUUGCAGAUGUACUAAAGUUUUUCUCUCAUGUUCUACCGUCGCUGGAGCUGCUUCUUGAAGAGAAUAUUGAGCAAUGGGGUCAGUACAAGUGUUCUUUGGUAGUUCAGGUGGUGAUGCAGAAGCUGAAUCCUGCUACAGGACAAAUGGUUUCCAACACAUUCUUCUUCCGAUCGAGUACAACGCUGGUGCUCAACACCAUGGAGCUGAGGGACCUUCUCAGUAGGAUGAUAGCUCAGAUCAACGCUCGUCUUGAUGAUUUCGUUCGUCAUGGAUCAGGUUGGGUAGUUGAACGGAUUUCCUGUUUACACAUCGAAAUGUCACGCUACUGUGUACUUGGAGGAAGUUCGUACAUCCCCUUGCCACCGGAGUUGAAGUCGAAGAAGGCCAUUGUUAACGUGCAGAACACUGACAACAAGUGUUUACUAUGGUCAAUACUGGCUGCUAAAUUUUCGGCAGACAAGUCUCAUCCAUAUCGUCAAUCGUCGUACGCAGAACAUGUGGAUACUGUGGAUGUGAGCGGCAUCGAGUUUCCAGCAAAACUGGAAGACAUACCAGUCAUCGAAAGACUGAACGACGGUCUUUACAUCAACGUCUUCGGAUAUGAAGAGAAAGUCAUAUACUUGUAUCCGUUAAGAAUUUCUCAGCAACCGCAGUCCGCCAUCAAUGUAUUGCUCAUCCAAGACGAACGCAAUGACGUGGAGGUGCAGCACUGGGUGUGGAUAAAGUCAUUCAGUCGUCUUGUUGCUACUGGAGCACGUCGAGCACAUUUCGUCUGCUUCAGAUGUCUCUCAACACACGUCACCGAGAAGGCAUUGAAUAAUCAUAUGAUGUACUGCAGUGAACAUCCUGAAGCCACGGUGGAGAUGCCAAAGGCUGGCGAUAGAGUGAUGUUCAGGAAUGUGAACAAGCAGCUUCAAGCCCCAUUUCAAGAGGAGGAGAUUAUCCGUGAUGAGCUUCUAGCAUGUAAUGCUGGUCAAAUGAUCAUUUCAGAAAGUCAGCAACGUGAAUUUGAAACGGUAGUCUCCUGUUGGAUCUGUGGUGAAGCGUUGGGUAGCGAUCGUGUACGUGACCACUGCCACAUCACCGGUGCUUACCGUGGUGCAGCACACAACCAUUGUAACCUGAACAUGCGGAUUGAGCCGUUCAAGAUCAAGAUUCCUGUGAUCUUUCAUAACUUGAAGGGAUACGAUUCUCAUCACAUCAUAUCUGCCAUUGGGAGAACGUCCACUGAUGAGAUUACAUAUGUGAACGAGAAAGGACAAGAACGGACCAAGCGUCUCGGUGCUAUCAAAGUGAUUCCCAUCAACAGUGAAAAAUAUGUCACAUUCGGAUGGAGACAGUUCCAGUUCAUAGACAGCCUGGCAUUCUUGAACACCUCCCUAGACCGGUUGGUUUCGGCUACACCACCAGAUGCAUUCGCCCUUCUAUCCGCACGAUUUCCAGACGAGGAUGAACGCAAACUGUUGACACGAAAGGGUGUCUACCCGUAUGAAUAUAUGGGGUCGUACGACCAAUUCGAAGAAACGCGUCUACCACCCAAGGAUGCAUUCCACUCAACGCUAACGAACACGGGUAUCAGUGAUGAAGACUAUGCCUAUGCGCAAACAGUAUGGACUGCGUUUGACUGUGAAGAUCUAGGAGACUAUCACGACCUCUACCUGGAGACUGAUGUGCUGCUGUUGGCUGACGUUUUCGAAAACUUCAGAAGAACUGCUCACGCAACCUAUGGAUUGGAUCCCGCUAAUUACCUCACCUUACCGGGAUUUGCCUGGGAUUCGCUGCUGAAAAUGACGAAGGUGUCCCUUCAUCUCAUUUCCGACAUUGACAUGUUCAACUUCAUUGAGCAUGGCAAAAGAGGUGGCAUAAGCAUGGUGUCCGCUAGACACGCCACCGCCAACAACAGAUAUCUAUCGGAAUACAAUCCAGACGAGCCGUCAAGCUUCAUCCAAUAUUUAGAUGCGAACAAUCUAUAUGGAUGGGCCAUGUCUCAACCCUUGCCCGUGUCGGACUUCUGCUUUGAAGCAGUGACGGAUGAUCUUCUGGAGACGGUACUCGAUCAUCCAAUGGACUCUUCGACGGGAUACAUGGUGGAGUGCGAUUUAAGGAUUCCAGAUGGUGUGCAUGACAUGAUGAAUGAUUAUCCGUUGGCUCCUGAGAAGAUGAAGGUGACACGAGAUAUGCUUUCUCCAUAUCAGACCCACAUGGCAGAGAAACUAAUGUUGAUGAACAAUGCUGUAUAUGGCAAGACCAUGGAAAACGUUCGAAACAGAGUAAACAUCAAGCUCAUUGGUGAACAGGAUGAAAAACCACGUCUCCAGAAAAGCAUCAACAAACCUUCGUACAUCCGCAGUGUAGCCUUUGAGAACGAUCUGAUAGCAAUCGAGUUUGCCAGGACAAAGGUGACUCUCAAUAAACCCAUUUAUGUGGGUACAGCCAUCCUCGAUCUGUCGAAGCACUUGAUGUAUUCCUUUUACUAUGAAGUUCUCCUACCCCGCUAUGGACAAAAUGUACGUUUGCUCUACACUGAUACUGAUAGUCUGAUCGUACAUAUUCAAACGGAUGAUCUGUACACCGAUAUGUCAAACAACAUAACAGCCUAUGACACAUCCAACUAUUCACCAUCCCACCACCUGUACAGCACGGUCAACAAGAAGGUGGUAGGGAAGUUCAAGGACGAACUAGGUGGCAAACCCAUCAAGGAGUUCAUUGGUUUGCGGAGCAAGAUGUACGCAUACCGCUGUGAAGACAACGACGACAAUGGCAAGCGUGCCAAAGGUGUGCAGAGAAGCGUGUUGAAAAACACCAUAACCGUCGAUGAUUAUCGAACAUGUCUCGUCGAGGAGUCUCAGCUGAAGAGAACAAUGAAUGUUCUUCGAAGUCGACGACAUUGCAUUCACGGAGAGGAGCUACACAAGAUUGCCCUCUGUGGAUUCGACAGUAAGCGUUACAUUCUGGAGGAUGGUAUCAACACCCUGGCAUUCGGACACACGGAUAUUCCAAAGCACUGA